GGAGAUGCUGGAAGGGAAGGAGAAAGGAUAGUCUGGUUGUAGCCGCUGUGAGUAAUGCAUGUGGUCAUUUUAGACAGUAGGUGUGCAUAGUCUGUCGUUUUCAUUAGUUCUUUACAACCUGCAACAAAUCAUGUUCUUUUACAAGCAUGUUUGGAAAUGAGUAAGGAAGUAUUCGAUAUGAUCUUUAUUAUUAAGCGAAACUCGUGAACAAUCUACCAGGAGUUUGCUGUGAUUGCGUUUGCAAGCGGCAGCUGGGCAGCUGCCUAAAGGUGAUUGCAAGAUGUUUGUCGUGCUUUACCUGGCAACUUUUAUGUACUGUAUAACUGGCCAACCUUUUCUGAUUAAACUGAAAGGAGAUCGAAGAUAUAUCAAUAAAUCACCCAAAUUAAUAUGUAGUGCUCCCAGCUUUCCUGGACCCCAAGGGCCACCAGGGGCAAAUGGAUCUCCUGGGCCACAUGGGCGCAUUGGCCUUCUUGGAAGAGAUGGGAGAGAUGGAAGACCGGGCGAAAAGGGUGAGAAGGGAACAGCAGGGAUAAGGGGAAAACUUGGAAGUUACGGAGACAUGGGUGACAAAGGAGAUAAAGGACCAGCUGGUAAAGCCGGAAUUCAAGGAAUGAGUGGCUUGAAAGGGAAAAAUGGACCAAUAGGAUCUUCAGGACCAAGAGGAAAUAAAGGACAGAAAGGAGACCCUGGACCACCUGGUUAUUGUAAAUGUGGGAGUUUGGUGCUCAAAUCUGCCUUUUCUGUUGGCAUAACCACCAGUUACCCAACAGAGAGAACACCCAUUAUAUUCAAUAAAAUCCUUUUAAAUGAGGGUGGCCAUUACACCCUUUCCAAUGGAAAGUUUAUAUGUGCCAUUCCAGGGAUUUAUUACUUCUCUUAUGACAUUACCUUGGCUAAUAAGCAUCUUGCACUUGCACUGGUGCACAAUGGAGAAUAUCGCAUAAAAACAUUUGAUGCCAAUACUGGGAAUCACGACGUAGCUUCAGGAUCUACUGUUAUGUACCUGAAGCCAGAAGAUGAAGUGUGGCUGGAGAUCUUUGAGUAUGAACAAAAUGGUCUGUUUUCUGAUCCUAACUGGACUGACAGUUUAUUUUCUGGAUUCUUGCUUUACGCUGAUGCGGACUAUCUGGAUGCUUUGGCAGAAGAUGAACUAUAGCACAAAAAGGAUUGGAUAUUUUUGUUUGAUUUCCAAGUCUUUUUGUCAAGAUAUUCGUUAAAUAUUUAAUGGUAAAAUUUAGGCCUGUUUGAAUUACAUGAAAUUGUUCUGACUGACUAUUCCAUCUUGGAAUUAAAAUGUAAUCCGUGUACCAAAUAUUACCCGAUUUUAGGAUUAGUUUUAAUCUGCCUUCAUUUACUAGUAGAUUUAAUUAGAAGUGACAUAUUUGGGAUCAAACUUGAUAAUGACACUUCACCUCUUCAGUUCAAAACUACAGGAUAUAUUAGCAUAGAACUGCUUAGUAUUUAAAGUAAAUUAUGUUAUAUUUUAUGCAACCCAGAUUUUUAUAAAACAAUACCACAGAAAUGUUGGCAACUGGGUUUUCUAUAUAAUGUGUCUAAUAUAAGUGAGGCUAAUGAAAAAGAACAGCUCAGAUCUAUUCAAGGUCAAUGUGAACAUCCCUGAUAUGAUGGUUACAAUCAAAAUUUAAAAUAUCAUUCCAUGGAAACUAUAUUUUACAUAUGUUGAUUAUUAUUAUUUGAAUGUUGUUAUUAUGAUUUAAGGACUGCACUGCAAAAAUAAUUGGAGCAGCUAAUCUCUUUUAAUUGCAGCCGAUUUGGCAAAAUCUCUAACGAUUGAGGUUGCAAACAUUUCAUUUGCUUUUCUUUAAAUAUAAAACCACGUCAUUAACUUAAUUUUUCCCAACAGAUACGUACCAUGACUUGACCUAAUGUCAUUGUUAAUUUGAUAAUAGAACAGUUUUUUUGGAAGUAAAUUAUGUUAUAUUUUAUGCAAAUCUGUGUUUUAUAAAACAACAUCACAGAAAAGUUGGCAACUGUGUUUUCAAUCUAAUGUACAUAAUGCCAGUGAUUGUUCUGUUCAUAACACCAAAGGCAAAGGCACAAAGGUUUAACUGUGUUUUUCUGCAAACAUGAAGGAAUACAACAUUCUUUAUGACAGCAGA